UCGAGGCAGAUGACUGACACUGUAGUUUUUGCACGCAUGAAUGGCGAUGAGAACGAUAGCUGCAUGCAGUUCUUGAAGGACAUGGACGUGGUGGAGGUGCCUACGUUUUUGUUCAUCAGAGAUGGUGAAGUAUGCGGAAGCCACUGGUGGGGAAUAGAUGGCUUAUGGCACAAAAAGUCAUCAACGCAAUAAAAUUAAUGAUAUAACACGAGAUUCCGUGCGGCGAGAAUUAAACCGUGUCAAACAGUUGCCUUUAACGACGAGUUCUCUGUCGUGUUAAAAGCUUUUGCACAUUACCUUUUAGAGCAGUGGCCAAUAAACAAAAAUUUUUCACACGGUCAGUGUGUUGCUCCUUCGUUUACCACAUACACGCCGAGUUGGGACCUGCGAUUUUUGGUGGGAGGUCGAAUACUCUCAGAUUGUCCAUACAAUCGACGGUGGUUUCCUUGCGCCGCCCCCCUUCGGCGUCCACGAGCUCCCCACAGUUGCCGGUACGUUCCUCACUUGACGCCAGGUGACGCCAGUAACGAGUAGGGCGUUCAUCUCUCUUCUUGAAAUCGAGCAUCUCUCCCUCUCCCCUUGGGUGUUGCUGUAGCCAUUCCUCUUUAAAAACACAACACAAAGAUGGAUAAGGCUUGGAUGCAUAUUGAAGAUAGAUUGCGUUCCAGCGAUUAUGCUGAAGGCGUUAAACACUUCAUAGAUAUGGCGAAGGCUCAUGCCCCCGGUAGAGACUGCCUUAGGUGUCCAUGUAGGAGAUGCCGAAAUCGUACUUUCCAUCCCAUUGCAGUGGUUCAGGAUCACCUGUUCAUCGUAGGUAUUGAUCCCUCUUAUACCUCAUGGAUAUUCCAUGGCGAGGAGGAAACUUUCUCUGAUGCCACAGAUUCGGAGGAAGAAGUUCCUCCUGCCUAUAACGACAAUGACUACAUUGAUGAUGUAGAUGAGAUGUUAGAUGACAUCCGUGUGGGGUCCUUUAUGGACAAUCCUGGUAGAACAGAUUUGAAUUUUGAUGGAGGGCCUUCACGACACACCUAUGAUGAUCCGAUACACCCCACCUUCGAAGAGUUGCUAGACAAUGCUAGCAAACCACUUUAUCCAAGCUGCACAAACUUCUCAAAGCUAUCAUUCAUAGUGAAGUUGCUUCACAUAAAGACAGUUGGUGGUUGGACUGUGAAGUCUUUUGACAUGGUUAUAAAGCUUUUGCAAGCGGCAUUCCCUCAUGCACUGUUCCCUGCCUCAUACCACGAUGCUCGCCGCCUACAGCAGGGUUUGGGUUUUAGUUAUACAAAAAUACAUGCAUGCCCAAAUGAUUGUGCCUUGUUUUGGAAGGAGCUUGCUGAUAAAGAUCACUGCCCUAAAUGUAAUGCAUCUAGGUGGGCCUCAAUUCCAUCUAACCAACAGAGGAUACCCCAAAAGAUCCUCCGAUAUUUCCCGUUGAAGCCGCGGUUGCAAAGGCUGUUUAUGUCAAAGAAGACUGCCCAAUCCAUGAGAUGGCAUGCAGAAGAGCGUGUUGUUGAUCCUAACUUCAUGAGACAUCCAGCUGAUUCCACUGUAUGGAAAGACUUCGAUGACAAACAUGCUUUGUUUGCCCAGGAUCCUCGUAAUGUCAGACUUGGUCUAGCCAGUGAUGGGUUCAACCCAUUCAAUAAUAUGAGCAAACCGUACAGCAUUUGGCCAGUACUACUUGUGCCUUACAACUUGCCCCCUUGGUUAUGCAUGAAAGAUCCAUACGUAUUGAUGUCAUUAUUAAUCCCUGGACCAAAGGCACCGGGAAAUGAUAUUGAUGUGUUCUUGCGUCCCUUAAUAGAUGAGUUGACUGAAUUAUGGGAAGAGGGAAUUCAUACAUAUGACGCUUACAAGCGAGAAUCGUUUCAAUUAAGGGCAGCAUUACUUUGGACCAUUAAUGACUUUCCUGCAUACGCUAAUCUUUCUGGUUGGAGCACGAAGGGUAAGUUGGCAUGCCCUACAUGUACCUCUGAAACAGAUUCACUUUGGCUUGUGCAUGGCCGGAAACAUUGUUAUAUGGGCCAUCGUCGGUGGUUGGUGCGAGAUCACAGUUGGAGAAGGAAAAAGUCAGCUUUUAAUGGUAAGGAGGAACACCGUCUGCAACCGCAUAUUAUAACGGGACAAGCAUUAAUGGAGCAAUUACAUGAGGUCUCGAAUGUGCAGUUUGGUAAAUCAGCAAAGAAGCGAAAACGUGCCCCCAAUGAACUAAAUUGGACCAAGAAGAGUAUCUUCUUUGAACUUCCGUACUGGUUAGACUUGGGAUUGCGACAUAACUUAGACGUCAUGCAUAUUGAGAAAAAUAUUUGUGAUAAUGUUUUGGGAACAUUGAUGAAUAUUGAAGGCAAGAGUAAGGACACCGCUGCAGCACGUAGGGAUUUGGAGGAUCUUGGACUAAGGAAAGAAUUACAUAUACAACAUGAUGGUAAUCAAACUUCUAUGAGUCUUGCUUGUUACAUGUUAAACGUCACUGAGCGAAGGAGUUUUUGUGCCCGGUUGUCAGAAGUUAAAUUUCCUGAUGGCUUUGCCUCAAAUAUUGCCCGGUGUGUCAACGUUACUGAAGGAAAAAUAAUGGGAAUGAAGAGCCAUGAUUGUCAUAUCUUCAUGCAAUAUUUGUUGCCGGUUGUUAUUGGUGGGUACCUACGACCUGAUGUGCGUCGAUGUUUAUUAGAGUUGAGUUCGUUUUUCAAAGAAUUAUGUUCACGAGCACUCGACAUAACAGUCUUGAAACGGCUUCAAGCUAAUAUUCCCAUCAUUCUUUGCAAACUGGAAAUGAUAUUUCCACCUGCAUUUUUCGAUAUCAUGGUGCAUCUCGCUAUUCAUCUACCAGAUGAGGCUUUGCUAGCAGGACCUGUCCAGUACAGGUGGAUGUACCCUUUCGAGAGGUAUAUGGGUAAGUUCAAACGGUAUGUCCGCAACAGAGCCCGUCCAGAAGGCUCAAUUGCUGAGGCAUAUUUGCAUGUCGAGUGCCUGACAUUUUGCUCCAUGUACCUUAAUGAUAUCGAGACGAGACAUAAUCGAGAGGAACGAAACACUGACACAGUUGGCCUGGGCCCCGUGGAGCCAAGUUUAUCGGUUUUUUCUCAAAAGGUGCGCCCACUAGGGGCAGCAAGAAUGGCAAAAUUAGACGACUCUCUGUUGGCCAAGGCCACGUGGUACGUCCUUAAUAAUUGUCCGGAGAUUGAGGACUAUUUAGAGGAUCACCUUAACAAGAUGAAAGAAGAGGACCCAAGUAACUUUGAGCGUAGGCACCAAAUUGAAUUCCCAACAUGGUUCAGAACAAUGAUUGCCGAGUUGCAUGGAAAGAGUCCCCCCACUGUGACCGAUGACAUAUUUGCAUUAGCGUGUGGUCCAGAUCCACUUGUCGCAUCCUAUGCCGGCUGUAUAAUGAAUGGAAUUCGGUUUCACACGAAACAGCUCGAAGGGCGUCGCCGCACCCAAAAUAGUGGGGUUGUUGUUCAUGGCGAACAUCAAGGAUUUCCUAUUGACUUCUACGGUGUGUUGCAAGAUAUUAUAGAAUUACGCUACAUGGGUUGGCGUAAGUGUUUCAUGUUUAAAUGUGAUUGGUGGGACGUUAGCGAUACAAGAAGGGGGAUACAUGUUGGGGACCACUUCACGAGUGUUAAUACCAACCGGCAAUGGUAUAAAGAUGAGCCUUUCGCCCUUGCAUGCCAAACCUUGCAAGUAUUUUACAUCAAGGACCCGAAUUGGGGGGGAAGCUGGCACGCGGUACACAAGAUAACCAAUAGGAAUGUUUACAAUAUUUGCCAAAAAAACUCUGACUUGCAUGAGGAUUACAUUGAUGAUGAUGAUGAGUCCGACACUAUUGAAGCAGAAGACGAGAGUGACACUGAUGUUAGGCACUAUGCAUCUGUUAAUGAAACUAGCCCGGAGAGGCUCAAUCCACUGACCCGCGGGGAUUCUGACCAGUUGCUCAUUGAUCCGAAUACCAUGUCACAUGCACAAGUGUAUGGAGAUCCCGACGAUGAUGACCACAUUGAUGUUGAAGAUGAAAACGAAGGUUUUCGGAUGGAGAACAUACAUGUUGUGGAGGGCGAUGGUACUGAUUGAAAACCUCAAUCCCAUAAUGGACAGCGUUAAGUUAUUGUCAAUGCCGAGGGCUCACCUUAUUUCAUGGAAGCCCAUCACUUAUGCAUAAGACAGAUGAAACAGUGGGCCAGUCUGUAUGCUUUCUUUACUUUGACUUGCAAUGAGGAAACAUGCCUAUUUCAUGGAUACCUGUUAUAAUUCAAGUUCUGAAUGUUGCUUGUUAGACAAAUGUCGAUGUUUUUCAAAGUUCAUGCCAUAUGAAGUUCAAAGCAACUAGUUGAUUUUUUGUUA